AUGAGCAUUUCCAAGAAGACUCGCAAAUUUUCCAAAGUUAAGCGACUGCUUAACCCUAAAGAUGAGCGCAUAACACUCAAUGCUCACAGCAGUGCCACUAAGAAGUCCAAAAGCAAUGAAAUGAUUAAACAAGUUAAUCCUGUGAGCAGCUAUAUGUUUUUUUCAUACAACGAGAAUCUUGUACCACCUUAUCAGGUUAUUGUCGACACAAAUUUCAUCAAUUCAUCCAUCCAAAACAAGCUAGAUCUGUUUCGUGCAUCUUCUGAUUGCCUACUGGCCAAGUGUAAUAUGUGCGUAACUGAUUGCAUCAUUGGGGAACUAGAAAAGUUGGGCCACCGUUAUCGCUUGGCCCUUAGUUUAGCUAAGGACCCGAGGGUUACUAGACUUACUUGUUGUCACAAAGGUACUUACGCUGACGAUUGCAUAGUGCAACGAGUUACUCAGCACAGAUGCUAUAUCAUUGGCACAAAUGAUAAAGAUCUUAAGUGCCGUAUACGUAAAGUGCCUGGCGUACCUAUUAUGUAUGUUUCAAAACACAAAUAUCAAAUUGAGAGAUUGCCUAAUACCAUAACCUAA